CCACUUUUAAUAUCAAGGUCACUGGUGUCAGCGUGACUUGGGUCUUAACGGAUUCAAUCAAUGGAAGCACUACUUGCCUGUGUAGAUAUUCCUCCAGAUUGUCAUGAUGCUAUACCUCUCUUGAAUUUGGAAAAUAAAUCUUUCUCCAAGUUUUUCAAGCGAAUUUUAAAAAGGCUAGAAAAAGGAGAGACUUGUGUUCAAAAGGCGUUGCCUAAAUUAUCAGAUAAUGAUACUGAAGAAGAAUCAGAAUACGUACUUAUUGGGACCGCUCAAGAGGAAAAUUCUAGAAUAUUAUUCGCACGACUUCCAAACUCGUCAGGGAGUAAUGAAGUAUACAAACUUCCAUUUGUUCGUUUCACCGUUCGUAGGACUAAUGAACCUAUAACAAAACAGAAUCAGGAUACCGCAAAUAACAGCAUUGAACCUUAUCUACAGGAUACUUUUAAACGUCUUGAUGAUAAAAUGGAAAAUUUUGGAGCACAAUUGUCUAAAUUGAUAGAAUCUUUAUCACAGAAACCAGCGCCUCGACCUCCAAGGAAAUCGCAAACACCCACAGUAACUGCUAGUGCAUCAAAGCCUAACUUAACAUCAAAACCUAUAUUAGCUUCACAACUUUCACCUACUUCCACUUCCAAAUCAACACCAGCAUCUAUAAUGAAACCUGGAUCUAUACCAAAAAAUGCAUCCACCCCAAAGUCUAUGAUCAUAAAUCAAGCAAACUCUAUUGUUUCAUCCACUGAAAAUAAACUCAAAUCAACUCCGAUUAAAUCAUUAUCAUAUGGUCAUGUUUUAGAAAGCCAACAUUUAAAUGAAAGUGGCACUAAAAAGAAACAAAAUGAAUCAUCGACACAAGGUCAUAGUCAAAUUGAAAAUCCAAGAUUCGCUUCAAUGAUUGAUAAAGCUAUUGAUCAUGUUUUAGACCGUAUUAAUAAAGGGAAAGAUAUUAAAAUUGGACCGAUAUUCCAAGAGAGAUUAAGUUCUGUAAAUAGAUGCAAUAAUACACUUGAUCAUAUCGAUCUGUCGUCUAAUCGUGUUGACAUUGAUGAUGAUGAUGAUGAUGAUAACAACAACGAUGCCAAUAUCACUACUUAUAACCAUGUUGUAUAUGAUAGAAAUCAACAUAAUCUUAAUAUUAAACCUAAAAAGAAUUUAGUUGCCAUUUCACCAUGUGUAUCAUUUAUGGUGAAACCAGUUCAGAGUAGUGCUGGUAACAACAUCAAGCUGAAUAAUAGUAAUACUAAUAAUACUAAUAAUAGAAAGCAUCAAUUAUCCACUGAAGAUUAUGCAGAAUUAGAAUCUUUUUUACAAAACGAUUCUGUCAUAAAUCAUGUUCAUUAUUCAACUGAUUAUGUUGUUGUUGAUGACAAUGAACAAAAACAUAAACACAAAAAACGGAAAUGUACAAAUGAUGAUUAGAUAAUAAAACAACGGAAUGACACUACCUGUACAUAUGUUCAUGUGUGUGUGUGUGUUUGUGCUUGUAUCCAACUUCACUUUUGUACAUAGUUACAAGUACUAUAUAUAUAUUAGGUCGGUUUUUUUUGUUUCGUUAUACCGCGUGAUAUCUGUCUGUACUUUACCUGUUGACUAGUCCAUUUAUCACAUGUAUUACAUAAGUGCUUCAUUGUUUCAUUUAUAUAACCUUUUGUUUUGAUAUAGUAACAAGGCAAUAAGAUCUAAUUUAUAUAAAUACACAAUCUAUUAACCAGA